AUGCCCGAAAUAGAAGGCUACAAAGUUGUGCCCCUGAGAGUGACUCCAGAUGCUGAAUAUUGUCACAGUGUUUAUAUGAAGGAACAUUUCAUACGUCUCAUGGAUCCCAAUAAACCCAAGGGCCGAACACUUUUUCUUUUGAAUGUACCCCCCUAUGUUACUGAAAAAAGUUUGGAAACAUUUUUCGAACAAGUUGGUCCUGUCGUUUCGGUGUUGUUUGCCCAAAAAGCUGGUCGAGACGAAGAUCAGAAGUGGAUGCAGAAAGUUACGGAAUUUAGUAAUGCCGAAGCUCCGUUUACAUUCAAAGUGGCCUAUGUCGUAUUCAAAAACUCAAAUAGUGUCAGUAGAGCUCUUGAAGUGAAGAGCAUCGAUUUAUUUAGUCCCACAAGUAAAGAGUCAUAUAUUGUUACGGGAAUGCAGUUGUGGCACACUCAAUAUAAGGAUCGCAUUUUAGACGUGGAUAAGACACAUGCCUAUAUUGAUGAAUACAUGGCAGCAUACGAUGAACGUGAAAGGGAAGCAGCUGAAGCUGCCAAAACGACGGAGGCCGAUGCUGAUGGCUGGGUCACGGUUGGAAAGAGAGGCAAUAAUGCUGGCUUCGAACAAUCUGAAGGAAUUAUAGGAAAAAUAGAAGAAAAAAUGGAAAAGAGCAAGAAAAAGAAGGAGCUAACAAACUUCUACACUUUCCAAAUUCGCGAGUCAAAGAUGAAAAACAUAGUAGAGUUGCGGAAGAAAUUCGAGGAGGAUAAAAAGAAGAUUGAAACUCUGAAGCAGACCAGAAGAUUUAGACCCUUUUAA